AACGGUCCACCUGGAAAAAAAAAUGUCAUAAUAAAUUAGCAGACAAUUGCCCAAACAGGAGGUCUACUUUCAAGGCAUAUAGUAAUGUUCAUAAUGACCAUUAUGAAUUAAAAAAAUCGUUAACCACAAAUGUCCUUAGAGAAGCUAAAUAUCACUGCGAUAUUUAAAGCUAAAUUAUCAAGAACAAUUUUUCCCAUUGCCUUUUUUGUAUCAACAUUUUGCUAAGCUGGUUUGCUUAGCAUUUGAACAUAUUUCUGUCUAAUAAAAUUUCUAAGUGGGAACUAGAGAGGGAGAUGAAAUUCAAAUUAGGUCCACUGCCAAAACAAAAAACGUUAAGCAAAAACAAAAAAAUUGUCCAACUCAAAUAAAACAGGUUUAAAAACAAACAUCUUCCUAAAGUGCUCAGGCACUAGAAACAUUUUGAAUCUCUCUUCUUAUAUCUGAAAGACUGCUUCAAAUCUCCAAUUCCCUGAUGUAUAUAGAUGUAACUGCGUUAAUUAAAUUAUUAUUCAUCAUAUCAAGAGAUUUUCAAUUACUUUUGUUACAAAAAUGAAGUUACUGCACAGACAUAUCUGCCACUCACAAUAUCUAACCGGGGGUUUCAAGAACACCAUUAUAACUUUUAGUCAGCACAGCUCAUGUAAACAUGUCCUCCAAAGCAGUGGUUCCCCAUAUUUUUUUUUCUCCAUGACAGAUGACAUUUGCAAGCUCACAUCAUCCUGUGCACAAGAUCAUCUUGAGGCUGUGCUGGCCUUCCCAGCUGGAAUCAACUCUCUCCACAGAGAUGGAAGUCAAAAUGCAAAUCUGCUUUUACUUUGGAAAUGGACUCCAUUUGGAGGUCUUAAACGCAAGAAAUGGAAAUACUCUGCUUCCUAAACACAGACACUUAGUGCGGCAAAAGCGUGCCUGGAUCACCGCCCCUGUGGCUCUUCGGGAAGGAGAGGAUCUGUCCAAAAGGAAUCCAAUUGCCAAGAUACAUUCUGAUGUGGCAGAAGAAAGAGGACUAAAGAUUACAUACAAAUACACUGGAAAAGGGAUCACAGAGCCACCUUUUGGUGUGUUUGUCUUUAAUAAAGACACGGGAGAAUUGAAUGUUACCAGGAUUCUUGAUCGAGAAGAAACACCAAGUUUUCUGCUAAUUGGUUAUGCUUUGGAUGAAAAAGGAAACAACCUCGAGAAACCAUUAGAACUCCGCAUUAAGGUUCUUGAUAUCAAUGACAAUGAGCCAGUGUUCACACAAGAUGUCUUUGCUGGGUCUAUUGAAGAACUGAGUGCAGCAGAUACCCUUGUGAUGAAAAUCAGUGCCACAGAUGCAGAUGAGCCCAAUACCCUGAAUUCUAAAAUUUCCUACAGAAUUGUGUCUCAGGAGCCUACUUAUCCACCAGUGUUCUACCUAAAUAAAGACACAGGCGAGAUUUAUACAACCAGUUUCACAUUGGACAGAGAGGAACACAGCAGCUAUACUUUGACAGUGGAAGCAAGAGACGGCAAUGGACAAAUAACAGAUAAACCAGUAAAACAAGCUCAAGUUCAGAUUCGUAUUUUGGAUGUCAAUGACAAUAUACCUGUAGUCAAAAAUGAAAUGAAUGAAGGGGUGGUUGAAGAAAACCAAGCCAAUGUAGAAGUUAUGCGCAUAAAGGUGUUCGAUGCGGAUGAAAUUGGCUCUGAUAAUUGGUUAGCAAAUUUUACAAUCGUAUCAGGAAAUGAAAUGGGUUAUUUCCACAUAGAAACUGAUACUCAAACUAAUGAAGGAAUCGUCACCCUUAUUAAAGAAGUAGAUUAUGAAGAAGUGAAAAAUCUUGAUUUCAGCAUUGUUGUCACUAACAAAGCAGCUUUUCACAAAUCAGUCAAGAAUAAAUAUAAGCCUACAUCCAUCCCCUUCAAAGUAAAGGUGAAAAAUGUGAAAGAAGGUAUUCAUUUUAAAAGUAGCACUGUCUCCGUUCAUGUUAGCGAGAGCAUGGAUAAAUCAAGCCAAAGCCAGAUAAUUGGAAAAUUUCAAGUUUUUGACGAAGACACUGGACAACAAGCCCAUGUAAAAUAUGCCAAAUUGGAAGAUAUAGACAACUGGAUCUCUGUGGAUUCUGUUACAUCUGAAAUUAGACUUGUAAAAAUUCCUGAUUUUGAAUCCAGAUAUGUCCAAAAUGGUACAUACACUGCAAAGAUUUUGGCAAUAUCCGAAAGUUAUCCAAGAAAAACCAUCACUGGCACUGUUGUUAUCACAGUGGAAGACAUCAAUGACAAUUGUCCCACACUGGUCGACCCUGUGCAAAAUAUCUGCGAUGAUGUGCAGUAUGUGAAUGUGACCGCAGAGGAUCUGGAUGGACCCCAAAACAGUGGGCCUUUCAGUUUCUCCAUCAUUGACAAACCGGCUGGAAUGGCAGAAAAAUGGCAAAUAGUGCACCAAGAUAGUACCAGUGUGCUACUGCAACAAAAAGAGCAAAAGCUUGGGCGAAGUGAAAUUCAGUUUCUGAUUUCAGAUAGUCAGGGCUUCAGUUGCUCUGAAAAGCAGGUGCUUCAGCUCACAGUUUGUAAGUGUCUGGAUGGCAGUGGUUGUGUAGAACCUCUGCGUGGCACAUAUGUUGGCCUGGGACCCGCCGCAAUUGCACUAAUAAUUUUUGCCCUUCUGCUGUUGCUACUUGUACCACUCUUACUGCUGAUGUGCCACUGUGGAGAAGGCGCCAAGGGCUUCACCCCCAUUCCUGGCACUAUAGAGAUGCUGCAUCCUUGGAAUAACGAAGGGGCGCCACCUGAAGACAAGGUGGUACCAUUGCACUUAACGGCAGAUCAUGGAGAGAGUGUAGCAGCAGACAUCAGACUGGGAGUGGUAACUACCAAGGAAACCACAAAAGAAAGUAGCUCUGCCCUCAUCAAAGACCAUCAUGAGAUGUCUGAGAUUGAUGGAAGAUGGGAAGAACACAGAAGCCUUAUUUCUGGUGGAGUUACCCAAGUGACAGGAACAACAGGAGCCAACAUAGGUGCUGAAGCUCUAAGGAUCACAAAAGCCACAGGGUCUUCCAGAGACUUGGCUGGAGCUCAAGUGGCUGCUGCUGCAGUGAACGAAGAAUUCUUAAAAAGUUACUUCACUGAGAAAGCUGCCUCUUACACUGAUGAAGAUGACAUUCACACAGGCAAAGAUUGCCUUCUGGUUUAUUCUCAGGAAGACACUGCAUCUCUCCAUGGUUCCAUUGGCUGCUGCAGUUUUAUUGAAGGAGAACUUGACGAUGGCUUUCUAGAUGAUUUAGGGUUUAAAUUCAGGACACUAGCUGAAAUUUGCUUGGGUCAAAAAAUAGAUAUGGAUGUGGAAAUGGAGCAGAGACAAAAGCAUGCGGGAGAGUCAAGUAUGAAAGCAGCUUCACAUUCAUUCAGCGAGCAAACUAAUAUUAAUUCGGAGAAUGCUUACUUCUCUGGUAGUAGCUUUCAAGUUCCAAAACCUGUGGAUGAAGCAAAUGCAGAGAAAGUAACUCAGGAAAUAGUCACUGAAAGCUCUGUAUCUUCUAGGCAGGGUCACAAGGUAGCUACGCUGCUCCCUGAUCCACUGGCUUCUGGUAACGUUGUAGUGACAGAAACUUCCUAUGGUACAGGCUCCACUAUGCCACCGAGCACUGUAGUCCUAGGCCCUGGCCAGUCCCAGGCCCUAAUUGUGACAGAGCGUGUGUAUGCUCCAGCCCCUCCCUUGGUAGAGCAGCGCUAUGCUAACGACACCAAUGUCAUGGUUACCGAGACAAUAAUACAGCCUAACGGGGGCUUCCCUGGUCCUCUGGAAGGUACGCAGCAUCUGCCAGAUGGACGUUAUGUUGUGGUGAGGGAGAGAGAGAGCUUUCUUGCCCCCAGAUCAGGUGCACAGCCCACCCUGGCCAUGCCCGGUGUAGCUGUAGGACAGAACAUGACAGUGACAGAAAGGGUGCAAACCCCUGCCUCCAGUUACUGGAUUCCUGCCCAAACCUCUGUGAUGGCCAGAAAGACAGAGGUUUCUGGAGCUGGAGUCCGUGGCCCCCUGCCAAAUUGCAGUUUAGAGGAGUCCGGUCAUUCUAAUUCUAUGCUAACCGGUCAUUCUAAUUCUACGCUAACCGCAUCCUCCACCAGGGUCUCCAAGCACAGCAUCGUGCAGCAUUCUUACUCCUAAACCACAGCAUACCACAGCCCGACCCAGAGUUUAGCUGGCAGUGACUGGUUUUCGUGUUUUCAACGAGCCUGUCUUUUGAUGAGCCUGUAGACAUGAGAGAUGUACACCCUGGGCUUGAAACUCCUCUCAAUCACUAAUGCCCAACAGGUUGCCCUGUGCCAGCCCUAGAUUGCACUGCAGAGAUGCUCAGGGCUCCCUGAUGGCUGCGUCCCGAUGCUGUGUCUUAAGUGCCUUUUAGUGAGUUAUGACCAAACAAUAUUCACAAAGCAAGUUAAGUAGAGAAUCAGUCCAACUUGUAAGAGUUUAUACCAAAUGGACACAGAGUAUCCAGUGCCUUAGCUCUCCAGUAGAGUCACCCAUAAACCUGAGUGGGCCCUUUGCGUCCUGCAGUGGUGUUUCCCAUUGCCGUUCUAUAUUCUAGACCAUACUGCUCCUGGCAGAUUACUGACACCUCAUUUAUCCAAAAAUAAGCGUGCAGUCUGGACAACUGUUUUGUUCAUUUUCUUUAAGAUGAGAAGCCUGGCCUUUUGAAUCUGUCUUAGGUUGAUUGAGUUUUGGAACAUUGACAUGAUAAAGAAUACACAUUGUAUUUCUCUGGGCUUGUGUGUUGUAUAACCUUAAAAAUAGCAUUAUUGCUUCCCUGUGUCUCCGCAAAGUUGUGAAGAUAUGGAACACUUCAAAUUCAGCUGAAUAAUCCAGGGAAACAUUAACAAAUAUAAAAUCAUUUUACUUUUUAUAAUAAUAUAGUAUUUUUUAAAACUCAGGAUACAUUAUCUUCUAAUUUUGUACAGCUAAUUAACCACUAGACUGGAUUCUCCACUGUGAUAAGAACUUGCCUGUUUCAGCACUAUAUAUCCUCAGCACAUAACAUGAGUGCCAAAUAAAUAUCUGUGGAAUUAAACCAAAUUUUAGAAAUCAUCCUCUUUUAUUUACAAUUGCAGAAAAUACUAGAAAAUCGUAUAAUAUCAGUAAUUGUGAUUUUGAAAUUAUGAUUUUUAUUCUAUGUCCCAAAGUCCCUGACUGUCCAGUCAUGACUUACUGUGAAUAUUAAAUAUUCAGUUGAACAAUUGACCUGAAUUUGUACAACAUCCUUGCCUUUCAUUUUGAAAACUUAUUUGGAUGCUUCGGCUUCUAAGUAUAUUGUACUUUUAUGACUCCUUGAAAAAAAUAGUGCAUAUAAGGUUUUGAAAUAUAUGUGCAUAGCAGUAUGUGGAUAUAGCUUAUGUGAAUAUUUCCCACAACAAAAUAAUUUUCAUAAAUUUUAAAGACUGUAAUUUUGUGAUUUUUUUCAAGGUAUUUUGAUAGGGAAAUGAAUCUUGAAAAGUUCUUUUUUUAGACAUGUUUUUGACUUGAGUUACGUUAUACAAGAGAUUGGUAUGUUUUACGUUUACUAUCUAUGAGUAGGGAUCCCUGGGUGGCGCAGCGGUUUGGCGCCUGCCUUUGGCCCAGGGCGUGAUCCUGGAGACCCGGGAUCAAAUCCCACGUCGGGCUCCCGGUGCAUGGAGCCUGCUUCUCCCUCUGCCUGUGUCUCUGCCUGUCUCUCUCUCUGUAUGUCUAUCAUAAAAAUUAAAAAAAAAAAGUCUGAGAAAGAAUCAGAACUUUAAAAAAAAAAAAAUCCUUUACUAUCUAUGAGUAAAAGGCAAGUAUCUUUAAAUAUUGUAAGUGUGUGGCCAAGAUGAAGGUCAAUCUUCCGUGAUCUAAAUUUUUUACUCUCUACUUAGUAAUUGUUGCUUUUUCUUUUCUCUUUUAUACGUAGUAGUUAUAUUUUGCUAUGUAUGAAACAGGAAUUUCACUACUGUGUGAAAUGUGAAUAGGACCUGUAUACUCCAAAAAUCCAAACUUGGUUUUAACUGUCCUCCUUGGACAGAUGGAGAAAACCUAACCUGUCUCUUGUAUGUAGCAGAGUCAUGUUUUUUAAAUGGUUUUUUGUACCUGAAAUGGUGAUUUGUAUUAGGUUUUACAUUUGUUCCUUGGGAAAUGAUAUUUGUAUAUGCAUCAUCAUAAAAUAUUUAAAUAAAAAGAUGACCUUUAGAGCAA